AUGGCCGCCGGCUCCUUCUCGUCGUCCUCCCAGGGCGGCCACUUUGAGCCGUUCGUCGGCUCGCGAGUCGGCAGCCCAAUCCCGGACAAGCACGGUCUCGGCUGGCCAGGCAAGGGCACGCUCGCCCGCCUCGAGUCGACCGCCGACGAGAAGCUCGCCCGCGAGAAGAAGCUCGCCGACGCCGUCAAGACGGUCCUCGAGUGCAUCGGCGAGGACCCGGAGCGCGACGGCUUGAUCAAGACGCCCGAGCGGUACGCCAAGGCGCUCCUGUGGAUGACCAAGGGCUACGAGGAGCGCUUGCCCGACGUGAUUGGCAACGCCAUCUUUGCCGAGGACCACGAGGAGAUGGUCAUCGUGCGCGACAUCGACAUCUUCUCCCUGUGCGAGCACCACAUGGUCCCCUUCCACGGCAAGGUCUCGAUCGGCUACAUCCCGAACAAGUUCGUCCUCGGCCUGUCCAAACUGGCGCGCAUCGCCGAGACGUUCUCGCGACGACUGCAGGUGCAGGAGCGCCUCACGAAGCAGAUCGCGACCGCCAUCGACGAGGCGAUCCGGCCCAUGGGCGUCGCCGUCGUGAUCGAGGCGACGCACCAGUGCAUGACGAUGCGGGGCGUGCAGAAGCCCGGCGCGUCAACGAUCACGUCGUCCAUGCUCGGCGCGUUCCGCCGCAGCGACAAGACACGCGCCGAGUUCAUGUCGCUCAUCCGCUCCCACCAGCGAUGAUGCUCGUCAGCCGCCAUGCUCGUCAACCGAGCGUCGCCCUCUCGCCAGCACACCUCGCAACUUUGACCCGCAUCCCUCGCACCACUCGCCCGCAUCCCUUCCUCCCCCUUUCCUCGAUACCUCGAGCGGUCCCUGGCCUUCAACGCGGCCCGACCUGCUCCCUGCACCUUUGCGAUACCCCUCUCUCCUCCUCCUCCUCCUCAACGAGCUGUCCAACCUUGGUUUAUGUGCCCUCUCUCUCCCACUCUCUGCGCCGGCCGGCGACCUCGUCUCCCUCAUCUCCUUGCGUAGUGCCUUGUACCUUCAACAGUGACUCGCC